UAUCGCACUUAUUGGUCGCUCUGACUCGCUCAUUUCAAUCGCUCCAUGACAACAAUUGACGCUACAUCAAGCAGACCGUCCGGUCGGAUUUAGGCAUUAUUAAUUCUAUCUCUGUGACUCUGUUAGUUUGGUUUAUUUUCUGGUGUUGAUUGUGAGAAAGUGACUCAUCAAUAUGAGCCGGCUGUAUGACACAGUGGAACCAUCCGUAGUGGAUGAGAUAAUGCUUCAGAAAGCUGUAGAGGAGCAAGGUCCUAAAGAAGAAGCAGGAAGAAUAGCCAAGGCUGAAGGAAUAGACUUUACUGAUGUAACACAGCUUAGAUUAGAUUUCAAAAAUAUCCUCAAAGUUGACAAUCUGUGGCAGUUCAAUAAUCUUGUCAAGCUCCAGUUAGAUAAUAACAUCAUUGAGAAGAUUGAAGGUUUAGACACUCUCCAUCAUCUGGUUUGGCUUGAUUUGUCCUUUAACAAUAUUGAAGUGAUAGAAGGUUUAGACAAGCUUGACAAACUUGAAGACCUGACGCUGUAUAACAAUCGUAUCACAACCUUAGAAAACAUGGACAGCCUCACCAAACUUCAUGUUUUCUCUGUCGGCAAUAAUAACCUUUCAUCUCUAGAAAAUUUAAUCUACAUGAGAAGAUUUAAAGGUUUACAAACACUCAACCUGGCUGGCAAUCCAUUCUGUGAUGAUGCAAACUACAAGCAGUAUGUUGUCGCUCACAUUCCUACCUUAGCUUACCUGGACUUUAGACUCAUUGAUGGAAACACAAAAACAGCUGCCAUGGAGCAGUACAAGUAUGCUAUUGAAGAAUUGAUGGCUGAUGAGACAGCAGCGGAGAACAAGAGAUUGGAAAAAGAACUUAAAGAGAGCGAAUUUGAGAAGCAGAAGCUUGCCUACAUUGAGAACUUAGAUGGACCACAUCUCUUUGAUAACAUGUUUGCUGAGGAUCCAGAAGCAAGCAAACUGGGAGCCCUGCCUGGGGUCGAUGAACUAUUGGCUGUCUAUAAAGAGAAGAUGGUGGCUAUUUGCCAGCAGGUGUUUGACUUUGGACUUGCUGAGCAUGAGAAACGAUGUAAAGAAGUAGACGAGUUCUAUUCCUGUGUACAAGAAGCUAAAGAUGAAAACAAGGACAUGGCUGUAGACAUCAUUGCCGUCUUCAACAAAUAUAAGAAGAAGAUUGUGGCAGAGCUGACCGUGAUGAGCGACCCGAAUGGAAUUGAAUCUCAAAUUACUGAAUACAAAGAAGAAGUUGACAUUCUGUGGGAUAGAUUGAUGGGAUUUGAACUUCAGUUGGUAGAUCAACUAGAGGAUACCAUAAAGGACUUUGAAAGGAACCUGGCAGACAUGGUGUCAUCAUUCGUGGAACACGUCCAAGGAUUGAUAUCUCAGAUUCGAGAUUUAGAGAAUAUCCAUCAUGAGCGUUUGCUUGAGAUUGCUCAUAUCACGUUGGAGAAGUAUGUUAAGAAUGAAUUAGAUGAUGAAUUACCAGAGGAUCUCAGAAUGCUCUUGGUCGACAAGGACACUAUUACUAAUGCGGUGAGCGCAUCCCACGACGUCCAUCUUCUAAAGAUUGAUAACCGAGAAGAUGAUAUCAUUCAGCGUGCUAACGGUUGGUUGGGAGGUUUGAUGGAACGCAUUCAUAAUGAGGAGGAGGUGACGAGGAAUCGGGACCGUGUCAAGGAAAUAAAUAACUUCAUCGAUCAUCUCAAGGAUGAUAUUGAAAACAUGGAACUACCCAAUGCAAUGUGAUGAGAUAGACAGAGAUAUAUCGCUCUACAACCUUGACUGAUAUGUAUUUUAAUUGAUCUUCAAAUAUAUUUUAACUGCAAGUAGAGCUCCAAUAUAGAUUGAUUGAUACAAGGAGCAAUUACAUGAUAUGUCAAAGCUGUGACAUCUUUCUUCUUAGGAUAUGGAGAACAAUGCAUGUUCAGCUUGGCCAUAAAGUGUACAUGCAUCUGUCUAGCUACUGCUAUACCCACUCCUGAUAAGUACAAGUGAUUCCUGCAAAUCAUCCUACAUGUAAUAAAAAAAAUGUUGAAAUAUUUACAUUCAUUCACACAGAAACAUUCAUGCGGAUGGCCGAGUACAACUGUUCUUGAGACAAAGCAAAAUGCACAUAUUCCAGUAGAUAUUGCUGGCAAUGUCACAAGAUUGAGAAGCUUGCAAAUGGUAUUUUUUUCUAUGUUUCUAGUGGUAAUGAAUUGAUAUCAUUGACAGCAUUUGGCAAGUGUUAGAAUACAGAAGACUCACCACAUGUUUGACAUUGAGACAUAUCAAUAAAACUAUGUUUUCCUAAACUUUUUAUCUUCAGAUAUUCUAGAUAUAUCAUUACUAGCAAAAAGAAUUUUACCCUUAAGAAAUAUGACAGUUUGAUUUAACAUUACUAUUUUCCCAGAGAAUCAAAAGGAAGGCUUUUGUUUAAGUACACAAAGACUUGCUUGGUUGGGAAAUUUGGGAUAUGAAAUAUU